AUGGUCAUCCAUCCUAAUACUGUUCUUUGUUUAGGUUCCAGGACCAAGGAAGGAGUUGUUCAUGGUGUCACAACAGUGGCUGAGAAGACCAAAGAGCAAGUGUCUAACGUUGGAGGAGCUGUGGUAACAGGAGUGACAGCAGUGGCCCAGAAGACAGUGGAAGGUGCAGGGAACAUUGCUGCAGCCACUGGCUUGGUGAAGAAGGAUCAGUUGGCCAAACAG